CUCUUCCUCCACGUGCAGGGCCAGAGCCUGCACACCCGACAAGCUCUUCCCUCCUGUGCCUCUCUCCCACAGGUGCCUCUGGGCUAUCCCCUGCAUGGACAGCCCCAGCAAUGCCACCAUGCCCUGUGGCUUUCUCCUUCAAGGCUUCUCCGAGUUCCCUCACUUGAGGCCCCUGCUCUUCCUUUUGCUGCUGGGGGUGCACCUGGCCACCCUGAGCGGGAACCUGCUCAUCCUGGUGGCGGUGGCCUCAAUGCCCAGCCAGCAGCCCAUGCUGCUCUUCCUGUGCCAGCUGUCAGCCAUCGAGCUCUGCUACACGGUGGUAGUGGUGCCCCGCUCCCUGGCCGACCUGAGCACGCCGGGCCACAGUAGGGGCAGCCCCAUCUCCUUCCUGGGCUGCGCCUUUCAGAUGCAGAUGUUUGUGGCUCUGGGCGGGGCCGAGUGCUUCCUGCUGGCUGCCAUGGCCUAUGACCGCUACGUGGCCAUCUGCCACCCGCUGCGCUACGCGGCCGUCCUGACCCCAGGGCUGUGCGCGCGGCUGGCCCUGGCCUGCUGCCUCGGGGGACUGGCGGUGUCCGUGGGGCUUACGGUGGCAAUCUUCCACCUGCCAUUCUGCGGCUCCCGCCUGCUGGUGCACUUCUUCUGCGACAUCACGGCGCUGCUGCACCUGGCCUGCACCCGCAGCUAUGCCGACGAGCUGCCCCUGCUGGGCGCCUGCCUGGUGCUGCUGCUGCUGCCCUUGGCGCUCAUCCUGGCCUCCUACGGCGCCAUCGCCGCCGCCCUGCGCCGCCUGCGCUGCCCCGGAGGCCGGGGAAAGGCCGCCUCCACCUGUGCCUCGCACCUGGCAGUCACUCUCCUGCACUACGGCUGCGCCACCUUCAUGUACGUGAGGCCCAGGGCCAGCUACUCCCCGCGGCUGGACCGCACCCUGGCGCUGGUCUACACCAACGUCACGCCACUGCUGUACCCGCUCAUCUACAGCCUGCGCAACCGCGAGAUCACCACCGCCCUGCGCAGGGUGCUGGGGUGCCGGCGGCCAGGCCAAGCCCCAGAGGGUGAUCUGCGCGAGCUCUGAUGGCAAGCCGGGGCCAAGCAGAGGGGGCAGCUCUGCUCCGCAGAGGUUUUCCCCAUCGUGA